CAACCAAAGCAGCCCCUCACUCAUCUUUUUCCAUAUUCCGUUUCCUCUCUUCUCUCUUCUUCUCCCUCCUGUUGCAUGGACUGAAGCACCAUCGGCUAUCAUCAAGAUGUCUCGUAGCUGCUCUCAGUGCGGGAACAAUGGCCACAACUCGCGCACGUGCGCGGAAGCCGCUGGCGGAGGCGGAGGUGGAGGUGGAGGAGAGAACGGAAUCAUGCUCUUUGGUGUGCGAGUCACGGCCGAGGGGUCCUCGUUCAGGAAAAGUGUUAGUAUGAAUAACCUGUCGCAGUAUGAUCAGCCGCCUCAAGAUUCUAACGCCGAUGCUGGUUACGCCUCUGACGAUGUGGUUCACGCCUCCGAGUCAGGGAGGAGCCGUGAGCGGAAGAGAGGUGUGCCAUGGACAGAGGAUGAGCACAGGCUGUUUUUGUUAGGAUUGCAGAAAGUGGGGAAAGGUGAUUGGAGGGGAAUUUCGAGGAAUUUUGUCAAGACACGGACGCCGACUCAAGUGGCGAGUCAUGCGCAGAAGUACUUUCUUCGGCGGACUAACCAGAAUCGCAGACGCCGCAGAUCUAGUCUUUUUGACAUCACCACCGAUACGUUCGCGAGUUCUCCAAUAUUGGAAGAGGAACAAAGCCACCAACCAAUUCCUUUCCCACAGGAAAACACGAAUCGCACUAUUGGAGGUUUUCCAAUGUCAACAUUUCCGGUAACUCUCACUCCGGUGGCUUUACCAGUCGCGGGAGAAAGCUCUAUGGAGAAACUCACAUUAGGACGGAGCAAUCAAGGAAGAGCCUCGCCCAAGCUCAUCCGUCCGGUUCCAAUUCUUCCAAUUCCUCCAUCAGCAAAACUGGCAAAUCUUAAUUUGAACCAGAAAUCUCCUCCCGCAGAGGACUUGCCUUUAUCACUGAAGCUCUCCACACCAUCCUCCGAGGAGAAGCAGGAACCGUCACAACCACCGCCGCCGCCGUCGUCUUCUUCGUCAACGCACUCCUCUGCUUUCCAGACAAUUUCCAGUGGCGACAGCAUCAUCAGUGUUGCUUGAAGAAAAAAGUAUCGAGUGUGAUUGGAUUAGAUUUGAUAAGAUUACAUAAAUUAGAGGAAAAAGGAAUAGAUUAUUAGGUGAUUAGGUGAUUGAUUCCUUGUUUGUACAGGGUAAUUAAGAAAGUGCGGUGUCGUUUUCGUUUGUGGGGUAUUAUUGUUGGUUUUGUGGGCGCCGGGACGUAGUGUCCUUGUUAUCGGGUCUGUUGUUCCUCGGCAACUUUGGAGGACGAAUGAAGUUUCAGGAAUCGAAUGCUCUGUU